AUAUAAGGUCAUCGAAUGAGGACAGAUUAAAUCACUCUUUGAUUGCAACAACGAGCGUCUACUCGUCCAUUUAAAAAAGAAUCGCUUGGCACACCGAGUUGGACAUCAAGCCAACGAGAACGCAGGGAGACCAAGCAAACAAACCAACAAGGAGAGAACGCAAGGCGCAGAAAGGCAAGCACGCACACACGCAAGCACACACAGCAUGCCCAGGUUCCAGUUCCGAGCCCAAAAGCCCGGAGCGGCAGUGGCCCAGCGAGCCCACGACGACGGAUCGACGCACUCGGUCCACUCGAAGAGCAAGAGCAAGACUCCGAGGGCUUCGAAAAGGACCAAGGACAACCCGCGGAACCUCGUUGACGACUAUCGGUCGUUCCGAAAGAAGGAGCGGGAGGAGCAAAAAACCAAGACGAACAAAAACAAGACCAGCGACACCGCCAAUAAUAGCAGCGAGACAGGCGACAACGGUGACUUUCCCUCCGUCAACCGGCUUGGGGAGGCCGCUCCGUCUUGGGUGUUGUCGCCCCCCGAGGCGGUUUGCUCGCCGUCCAACAGCUUUAGCGUCAGCAAGUACCGGGAUCUGCUGGUGCCCUCCUUAUCUGAGGACGACGAAGCAGAGCAAGAGCUAGAUCUACAUGGGGGCGAGCCGUCGCCGUCGCCCUCUCUCUACCCCGACCCAAGCAUCGACAUGGAUGGCAUCAUGAACGAAAGCGAUUCAUCCAACCACCACGAGAGCAAAAGUAUGGCCAGCCCCAACCACGGCUUGCACCUGCGACUCUUUGACAACGACGACGACAUUGACGACGAGGGCGAAAACUACGAGCCCACUCUCAGCUGCGAAACCGGGGCUUCCACCACCAUCGAAUGGAUCACGGAGAUCGACUACCAGCCACGCUCCGGUGGAAUCCAGAAACCCAGCACGACCAUAAUACGAUCCGAAAAGGACAAGAAGAACGAUUCCGAACCCUCCUGCAAACCAGAAGGAAAGGAAGCCGAGCCGACACCGACCAUGUCGACGGCAGAAGCCACGACUUCCGACGACGAGAACAAGCCGGCGGAGGGAUCUAAAUGGGACGGCGCUUACUCCCCCUCGUUCUUUGCACGCUUUGCCAACGCCCUAUUUGGGUGCGAUGACAACGACGACACCGACGGCAGAUUCUCGAUGAAGUGUGGGGGGGACCACCGGGAACCCAACACGGUGGAGGCAAAACUCAAGGCGUUCACGAUGCCAAGCCCGCGAAAAAGCGCAAAAUCAGAGAUUGGCUCUCCUAGACGCGAUUCCGGGCCAGGCCCCAGCGAAACGUCCCUCGCGGGGGAGGAAAGCAGCGAAUACCAGUCCUGCACGGAGACCGAAUAUACAACUACCGAAUACACGUCCGUGGGUGUGACCACGCUGGGGGACACCACCGAGACCUCCAACUACCCCGGAUCACUCUCGAUCACCACGAGGGAGGGGGACGGGGCACGCACCGUUGGCUAUGAGGGGGACGACAACGCCACCUUUCCUACCUACCAGCGCGGCUUUAGUGCCACGGGAGAGACCCAGAGUGAGCCCCGCAACGGUGAGGUCCUGGAGUUCGAAAGCGACCCGUACCACGAGGACGAAACACUGACCACCUACGGCGAGGCCAUGGGGGUUUCCACUCUGGAAGACACCACUACCUUUACGCUCGGCGACACCACCACCUUUACCUUUAACGACUACGACGACGACGACGACGAGCAGCGGGAGGACUACGAUACCACCAACGAAGAUAGUAGCUACGGAUCCAACUCCUUCCGGUCCCCCCUAACGGAUUCCUACCAGACCGCCAGCUCCCGUUUCUUUGGGGACAGCCAGAGCCGAUCCUUCUCGCUGCGGUCMAUGCCCCGGUUCCGGGAGCACUUUCCCGACACCCGUGGAAACGGCGACCGGGAUGGGGCCCAGGGCAGCGUGGUCGGAAACCAGAUCGCCUUUGUCAGCCACCACCACGAGGAGCAGAAGCAGCCCCUUGCCAUGGGGGAGAGCCGGUCCGUGUCGACGAGGUCCCCGUCGAGCCUGCGGGAGUCGUUGAUGAGCUCCGGCUUUCGCAACGAAAACGACGUCAUCGUGGGCAUCAUGGCCAUUGCGGAGGACGACGACAACAAAACGGGGGAGGACUCGAAGGAUUCCCUCUCCUACACAAAGAGCGAGAAUCGGAACCGGCUCAUCAACUCCUUCAUCUUGCUGAACGAGAACGAGGAAGCCCCACAGAGCGAGCUGGAAACCAGCCAAACAACGCGGUCCCGGGCACGGCUCCGGACCUUUGGCAAGAAGGGGAAGACGAAAACGGCCAUCGACAGGGACAUGGCGGUCGGGUCCGAGUGCAGCAGCUGUGCGGAAGACGGGGAGAAAGAGGGGUGCAAGGAAAACGAGGAGCCCACCAAAAAGACCCUCGCAAGGAAGCCAGGCGAAAAGGGACCCAAGAGUCCAUCAGAAGCGGACGUCUCGUCCAAGGCGGUCCGGAUCACCGUCCUGAAGACCGUCAAGAAGGCGGACGUAGAUGGCAGCCGCAGCCAGGGAAGCUACCGGACCCGGUCCUCUGCCUUUCAGAGCAUCGUGUACGGCCGGGAAAGCACCAGCAGCGGCAAGGCCAGGGACGAGCCGCGGGACGAACCGGAGGAACCAAAGGACAGCCACCACCAACGCAAGGCCAAUCACAAGGUCCUCCACCGGAGCAACGGGCCCUUUCUCAGGGUGGACACGGCCACGGUGCCAGUGAGCACCCCGGAAAAGGUCCCGGUGGUCUCCCCCGGCGGUUCGAUGGCGAGCAGCAUGCACACCACCAGCCACCCCAAGUGUCAGGGGCCCUCUUCGGAGCUCCUCCUGAGCGGUAACCUUUCGCCCAUGGCGAGGCUCCGGAACCCCGUUUCGUACGACGUCCUUUCGCACGAUUAGGCAAGCAUUCGGAAUCUGAUCUAAUUGCACUGCAUCGCAUUCGAAUCAAAACGGAUUUGAGUAAAUUCGAAUCAAACCAACCCUUCAAUUCAAUAGAAUACCAACAUCAAUUCCAGUGCCAUUCCCAUUUUCGCAUCGUGGCGAGAAGCGAACGAAUGAAUCGAUCGCUCGGAAUGAAGUUUCCACCAGCGACAGCGACCAAAACAUUGCUUGCGGGGUGGUUGAGUUGCGUCGCGUUUCGCUCCCCGCGUUAUGCCGUCUCGUGUCCUUCCGAUCGAAUGAAGCCAUCCCCUGGGAGGUCUUGUUCCGAGGGCAAAACCUUCGAUCGGAGAACACGAAAGACGGCAGCACGGCAAAGCCUCGAAUCAAAUCGAGCGCGGCGAUUCGCUUAUAUUUUGUAUGUGACACAGUAUUUUUGUGUCGUCCAUUUGAACCCCAAGUAGUUUAUAGUUUAAUUC